AUGAAGUUUUGUAACACCCCACUCUGGGAUUUCAACCAGACUUGGAACACAGAGGAACCCGAUUUCCCCGUGUGCUUUCAUCAUACCGUUUUGGUUUAUGUGCCAUGCCUUCUGUUGUGGCUUCUGACACCAUUGGAAUUGUAUUGGAUCAACUCCAGUCAGAGCAGGAAUGUAUUGUGGAACCCCAUCAACAUUGCCAAGUUCCUUUGUAUUGGAGUGUGUAUGAUCCUGGACUUGAUCGGCUUCAGCUUUCUCUUGGUGCAAAUGGGAUCCUCGAUGGGUAUGGUGGCAAUUUCUGACAUCUUGAGGCCUUUGAUCUUGAUCUUCACCCAAGUCUUGGCCUUAAUCUUAACCUUUCUGAACAAGCGAAUGGGGUUGACCACCUCGGCCAUCCUAUUCACUUUCUGGUGGCUGUUUGUCCUAUGCUUUACUCCAACUUUCGCAUCCGUUAUUCGCUUUGGAGCUAUAGCCACACCUAGGCCAAUGUGGAACUUGGAACAAUCUGUGUUGUACACGUUUUAUUACGCAUUUUUGGUAGCUAUUGCCUUUCUUAACUGCUGGGCUGAUCCUCCGCCCACAUAUUGGCAAAUUGAGAAACAAGUGGAGACUCCAUCACCCGAAUUGUCAGCCUCAUUUCCAAGUAAGGUCUUGUUCAGCUGGAUGAACGGACUCUUCAAAUUGGGCUGGAAGAUUCCUUUGAAUGCCUACAAUAUGUAUGAUCUCAAGCCCAACUUGAUGAGCCAAUUCUUGACGGACCGAUGGAACAGGCUGAAAAAGUUCAGGAUAGAUCCCGUGAAUUAUGAGCCCAGGCUUAGUAUUUAUCGAACUCUGGGUCGCUCGUUUGGAGCCCAAUUCCUUUGGGCUACUUUCUUUCAAUUACUCACCUUGGUAUUGAAUCAGAUGUCGCCUCAAAUUUUGAGUCUGUUGAUCAACUACACAACGAGCUCUGAACCAGAAUGGAAGGGAUACCUUUACAUGACGCUAAUGGUGGUGGUGAACAUGAUGAAAACAUUGACCCUCUCUCACUAUUUCUUCAUGUUCACUAUCAUCGGCCAAAGUAUCCGCACUAUGCUUAUUUCCGCAAUCUAUAAAAAAACUUUUCUCUUGAGUUCGUCCGCAAGACGAGAAAGAUCAAUUGGAGAGACCGUGAAUCUGAUGUCGAUCGACGCUGAGCGAGUAUUUGCCGUGAUUGGCUCCUUGAACACUGUUUGGUACAGUCCUGCUGUGAUCAUCUUGUCGUUAGCUUUCUUGUGGAAUUAUGUGGGAGCUUCAUGUUUGGCCGGGCUGGGAGUCAUGAUCGUUUUGAUCCCGGUCAAUGCCAUCCUGUCCGCCCAGAUCAAGAAAUACCAAGUGAUCAACAUGAAGAAGAAAGACGCUCGAAUCGAAGUAAUGAAUGAGAUUUUGGACGGGAUCAAGGUCAUGAAACUGUAUGCGUGGGAGCCUUCGUUCGCAGAGAAGGUCAAUAAGGUGCGACAGGAGGAGGUUCAGACCCUGAAGAAGAUCUCUUAUCUGGGUGCAGUUCAGACCUUUUUGUUCAAUUCUGCCGUGUUCUUGGUUACUCUUGCCACUUUCGCCACCUACGUGCUGGUGGACUCAUCCAAUGUUCUGGAUGCCCAGAAGGCUUUUGUGAGCAUUUCUUACUUCAACUUGAUGCGAGUACCCUUGAACCAAUUGCCUAUGUUCAUCAUCCAAAUCAUUCAAGCCUUGGUGUCUCAUAAACGCUUGGACUCAUUCCUGAACGCUCCCGAGAUUGACGAAGACGCUAUUACCAAUGACCCCGACAAUAAGGUAGCGAUCCGCAUAGAAGACGGAUCUUUCGCAUGGGACGAGGAUUCGAGCCUUCAAAACAUCAACCUGAAGGUCACAAGAGGUUCCUUGAUCGCUAUUGUGGGACAAGUUGGGUCAGGGAAAUCGUCCCUAGUCUCUGCCAUGUUGGGUGACAUGCAGAAAACCUCAGGAACAGUGAAUGUGGAUGGGAGUCUGGCCUAUGUUCCACAACAAGCUUGGAUCCAGAAUGCCACCGUUCGAGAUAACAUCACAUUUGGUCGGGAGUACUUUGAAAAUAUCUACUUGGACACCGUGAAGGCUUGCGCUUUGGAAGAGGACUUUCUCAUUUUGGACGAUGGCGACCAAACGGAAAUUGGGGAGAAAGGCAUCAAUUUGUCGGGCGGUCAGAAGCAACGUGUCAGUUUGGCCCGAGCAGUUUACAACAAUCGAGACAUCUAUCUCCUUGACGAUCCUCUUUCCGCUGUGGACGCCCACGUGGGAAAUCAUAUCUUCAAGGAAGUCAUUAGUAGCAAGACCGGGGUUCUGAGGAACAAGACGCGAAUCCUCGUGACCCAUAGUCUGUCGGUUCUACCUGAGGUCGACACGAUCAUUGUUCUGAAAAAUGGCAACAUUACGGAAAUGGGAACGUAUGAUGAACUGGUCUCUUCUCAGGGGGCUUUUUCGCAUUUCCUCGCAGAAUACGGAACAACCUUACCUCAGAGUCUCACAGAAAUCGAGGCAAUGGAUAAUUUGAAGGAAGCUAUCGAAAGCAUGCUGCCUCUACCCUCAAAUGACCUAAACCUGGCGAAAAAGUCGUCUCUGGAGGAAUCGACACGGGUGAUGUUCGGUCAAAAAUCGCGUCACAACUCCGCGUCUAGUUCAACUGGAAAUGCUCUGAGUUUGAGAAAACGGAAAACUGGCCCGGAAUCGAAAGCCAAGAUACUCAACAAUUUCUCCCAACGGAAGUUAAAAAAGCCAAGAAAAAAGAAGUUGAUCGUUGAAGAGAAAUUGGAGACCAAGGCGGUGUCAAUGGGCGUUUAUCUGUACUAUGCCCGUGCCAUCGGUUUACUCGUGACCCUCUCAAUCCUGGUUCUGUAUGGCGUUAAUCAGGGAUUCUCCGUGGGAACCAACGUGUGGUUGGCCAAGUGGUCCGACGACCCCGACUCGGCCAUUCCAAGUAUUCGAAACAUGUAUUUAGGCGUCUAUGGACUUCUGGGUGGAGCUUCCGCCCUCACGGUUAUGUUAGUGUACCUGAUCGUCACCAUUGGGGGACUGAAUGCCUCCACCAAAUUGCACAACAACAUUUUGACCACGGUCUUGGCUGCUCCCAUGAUGUUUUUCGAUACGAACCCGAAAGGGCGGGUUUUGAAUCGCUUCAGCAAGGAUGUGGAUGCAGUGGAUUCUAGCGUGCCCGGCAAUUUCAACGGGUUCUUCAAGUUCUUGUACAACACGUGCGGUACCAUAGCCAUCAUUUGCUUCACGAAUCCCAUUUUCAUCGCCAUUUUCGUCCCCUUGUUCAUCUGUUACUACUUCAUCCAGAAGAUCUACAUCGCCACCUCACGACAAAUCAAGAGGCUCAACUCCAUUGCCCGAUCCCCAAUCUACAGCCUCUUUGGUGAAACCCUCUCUGGCGUUGUGACCAUCAAGGCGUUCAAGCUCCAAGCCAAUUUCCUUGAUCAGAAUAACGCUAUGGUGGACAUCUUCCAAUCGAGCAAUUAUUUAAGCAUGGCGGCUAACCGAUGGCUAUCCAUCCGAUUGGAAAUGCUGGGCAACGUGGUGAUUCUCUUCGCAGCCCUCUUCGCGGUUCUGGGCAAGAAUGUCAUGAAUCCAGGGGUGGUUGGACUGUCCUUGAGUUAUGCCAUGCAAAUCACAGGUUCCUUGAACUUCCUCAUCAGAAUGGUCUCUCAGAUCGAGAACAAUAUGGUGAGUGUGGAACGCAUUCAAGAGUACGAAAUGGACGUGGAUCAAGAGGCUAGCUACACUCUCGUUCAAGACCCAUCCGAGGACGACAAGUGGCCUCCCCAAGGAGCCAUUCGAUUUCAAGACUACAAAACAAGAUAUCGCCCCGGAUUAGACCUGGUUCUCAAAGGAGUCACUUGUGAGAUCGUAGCGCGAGAAAAAGUGGGAAUCGUUGGCAGAACUGGAGCUGGAAAAUCAUCACUAACCAUGGCUCUGUUCCGCAUGAUUGAGCCUGCCUCCGGUAGCAUAUCCAUUGAUGGCACUAAUAUCGCUACAUUGGGAUUGGGUUUUCUUCGAUCCCAUAUCACCAUCAUUCCCCAAGAUCCAGUUCUCUUUUCGGGGUCCAUGCGUCAGAAUUUGGAUCCAUUUGGAAAGUUCUCCGAUCCCGCUAUUUGGAAGGCCUUGGAACUGAGCCAUUUGGGGCAAUAUGUGUCGAGUCUAAAGAUGGGAUUAGAUCAUGAGAUAGCUGAAGGAGGUGCUAAUCUGAGUGUGGGCCAAAAACAGUUACUUUGUUUAGCUCGAGCUUUGCUGAGAAAAACACAAAUUCUAAUCUUGGAUGAGGCAACGGCGGCCGUGGACCUGGAAACUGAUGACCUCAUUCAGACAACGAUUCGGAAGGAAUUUUCGGAUUGCACAAUUUUGACAAUUGCUCACCGAUUGAAUACCAUCAUGGAUUGUGACAAGAUCAUCGUUUUGAGUAAUGGAAUCAUCGCCGAAAUGGGCUCACCCACGGCGCUCUUGCAAGAUCAACGGUCCAUCUUCUAUGAUAUGGCUCAGAACGCAGGAUUGGUUUACACAAGUUUUACAAAUUAGUUGGGAAUCCCCACUUUUAACGUACGUCUGAUAAGAUAAUUUGUGUUGCUUGGAAACUCAAGAAUGUUCUGUCUUCAAAUUCAGUGUCAUGAAUUCAUGAACAUGUUUGCGAUAACUGAUAAAGCAUUGAAAAAAAAAGACUUGAAUGAAUUCGAUAAAACGUGUAUUCCACAAUAAAAACACUAAAACUUAAACGUUUGUCGAUCUAGUGCGAAAAGAUGGUAGUGGGGGUGGGGGUACAGAAUGAAUAUUCUCCUUUUUUCGUCUAGGUAACAAAUACGAAACAAUGAAUACAUAUAAAAAAAGGUGCGUGAAUCAAUGGAGUGCUUUGGCAAGGUACAGGGGCACUCGAUUUUGAAAGACACGGUGUACUUAUUUACUCUUGGGACUAAUUUUGUUGCUCGUUUUCUUGCUCU